AGCUUUCACUCUUUCGGCAAGCUAUCAAACUUUAAUAAAAGAGAAUUUAAGCUCACACAGCACAGAGAGGUCCCGUUAGAAUGGAAAUUCCCUUCAAUUUCAUCACUUUCUUCAUUUUCCUUGCCUUGAUUCUAACUUUAUGGAAGAGAUGGAAGAAACCCAGAAAAGUGAAUGCUACACAGAAGCUGCCACCAGGUCAACGCAAGCUACCUUUCAUUGGGAAUUUGCAUAAAUUGCUUGGUUCACUACCCCAUCAGGCUCUCACAAAUUUAGCUAAAAAACAUGGUGAUUUGAUGCAUCUUCAGCUUGGUGAAGUAUCAGCUAUUGUGGUGUCAUCUCCACGUUCAGCAAAAGAGAUUCUAAAAACUCAUGAUCUUGCCUUCGCAGACAGGCCUGAAGUUUUAGUUGGAAAGAUCAUAUGCUAUGACUAUUCAAGCAUUGCAUUCUGUCCUUAUGGUGAGUACUGGAGACAGAUGCGUAAAAUAUGCACCUUGGAACUGCUUAGUGCAAAAAUGGUUCGAUCAUUUGGCUCUAUUCGGCAGGACGAGGUUUUGCAUCUACUUUCAUCUAUUCGGGCUUCCACUGGUGGUGGAAAACCAAUCAAUUUGACUGAAGAAGUUUCCUCAUUCACAAGUUCCAUGGUUUGCAGAUCAGCUUUUGGAAAAAUGUUUGGCGAAAAGAAUACCAUACUCAUACAAUUAGUGAAGGAAGUUUUGUCCCGAACAAGUGGCUUCGACAUCUCUGAUCUGUUUCCGUCACAGAAGAUCCUCCAUCAUCUGAGUUGGAUGAAGCCCACAUUGCUGAAGGUGCACCACAAGAUUGAUGUAAUUUUGGACAACAUAAUCAAUGAACAUAUUAGGAAUUUAGCAAGAGGAAAAGGGGGCAAUGGCGAGUCCGGCCAAGAAGAUCUAAUUGAUAUCCUAUUAAGGAUUAAAGAAAGUGGUAGCGACCUUCGAUUUCCUAUUACCAACAAAAUUGUCAAAGCUAUUAUGUUUGACAUGUUCACGGCGGCGACUGAAACUUCAGCCACAGUGGUGGAAUGGGCUAUGUCUGAAAUGAUUAGAAAUCCAGAUGUGAUGUCCAAAGCAAAGAAUGAAAUAAGAAAAGCUUUCAUGGGAAAGGCAAAAAUUGAAGAAAUGGAUAUUGAAGGACUAAUAUAUCUAAAGUCAGUGAUUAAAGAAACCCUAAGGUUACACCCUCCUCUGCCUCUUUUGGUUCCCAUGGAAUGCAGGGAACAACGUGUACUCGAUGGAUAUGUCAUCCCUAUCAAAACAAGAGUCUUGGUCAAUGCUUGGGCAAUCCACAGAGAUCCUGAGGAUUGGGAUUAUCCAGAGAGUUUUAAACCAGAGAGAUUCGACAACAAUCCAGUUGAUUUCACAGGAACUCAUUUUCAUUAUCUGCCAUUCGGUGGAGGAAGGAGGAUUUGUCCGGGAAUAUCAUUUGGCUUAGCCAAUGUGGAGCUUCCUUUAGCUCAAUUGUUGUACAACUUCGACUGGAAACUCCCACCUGGUAAAGAUGGCUUAGACAUGACAGAGGCCUUUGGAAUAACAGUAGCAAGAAAAAACAACCUUCACUUGGUUGCCACCAUGUAUGACCCUUCCAAUUGAUAUGCCAAUCUCCAUAGACACAAUAAAUUUGUACUUAUGGCCGCCAAAGUUUUAGUAACUAUUUACUUUAGUAUUUUAUUCAGCAGCGAUGCACCUGUAUGGUUCUUGGAAUUUUACCAAGCCAAAUAAAUAAAAAUUCUGAAA